GCUUUUUUUCCCCCCUCGUGCUUAUUUCCCACAUCGCACAGCCAAGAAGUCAGCGGGAAAGAAAGAAAAUAAGGAGAAUGAUGGCCUUCGCCCUCCCCGUGAUCCUAGGCGGCUGCGUGACAACGCGAGGUCGUGCUCCCGGGCUGCCCUCUCAUACUAUGUACGUACGUGCAGUCGUGCAAAGCAAUAUACACAUCACAUACCUACCUGCCUACAUCCGUACAUAUAGUGAUAUAUGUCCACGCAAGGCAAUAAAAAACGUCUGCCGCGUACGCACCUACGUCCGACCUCACGUGCUAUCACUGCCUUGAGUACUGCCGAUUCUCCUCCUGUCCGGUCAUCUACCUAGGUAACCCGAGGAUGUACGUGCCAGCCGGGACUAU